AUGGCGCCCGACAACGUUCUUCAAAGAAAAGAGAAUGUCUAUCUCAAAAUGCUUUUCAACGGCGGGAUAGCCGCCCCACAGCCGCACCAGAUUUCGGUGCCGUCCGACCAAAAAUCUGACCUUUCGUCCUCGGUGGAUCCUUUAGUCUACGAAUCGGCACGUGACCCAAGGAGACUCAGCAGUCCGCGCACGUCGGUGCCCUACGCGAGGGAGGAGCUGAAGCUCUCGAUACCAGAUGCAUUCCUGCCAUACAUCCGGAGAGCGCGAGAGUAUUACGUCAUAUCACAGACACUGCUAGACCCCCAGUACAAGCACAUGAUGCGCGGUCGUGUUUCGAAGAGCAAAGAGGGCUCCGCUCCGAC